UUAUUUUUGAGGGUCCUUGGGCUGUUUUAUUUAUUCAUGUUUAUGUAUUUAUUGGUUGUAUGAUUGGUUUAACUCUUUUUGUUGACGUUGUAAUUGCUAAUUAUAUGGAGAAUCGGGGGACAGCACUUUUAACUGUUGACCAAAGAAGAUGGCAUGAUUUAAAAGCUAGACUUAGAAUGGCACAACCUCUUCAUGUUCCUCCACGUCCUGCUGAAUCCUCAAAAAUUAGAAAUCGGUUGUGGAAAAAAGUUUUUUAA